UCCCUCCUUUCUCCUUUCUCUUUCGCAGAUUAUGCUGAGUAUGUCUUCCUUGGACUUUUCAUGACCGAGAUGCUCCUCAAAAUGUAUGGCCUCGGCUUCCGACUCUACUUUCAGUCAUCGUUCAACAUCUUUGACUGUGUCGUUAUCAUCGGGAGUCUCUUUGAAAUUCUUCUUGCCCUUGUUCAGCCGGACACCUCAUUUGGCAUUAGCGUACUACGAGCACUGCGACUUCUACGUAUUUUUAAGGUCACUAGGUAG